AUGCUAACAACUGGCGAUGCGGCGCGUAUUCUUGGUUUCUUCUCAUCACCCGGCCGCUCGCACCUGCUCAUCCAUUGCGCCGUGGCGGACACACUAGCGCGUGCUGGGCACAAUGUUACCGUUAUUGCAACCAAGCCAAAUGUUUACCCAGACGCCAAAUACAAUUACAUACACCUCGAUACGCCAAUGCUGUCGGUUAGUUACAUGAAUAAAUUGGUAAACAAUCCGCCCCCAUUCUACAAACUGUACCCGGGAUUGGUGCUCGAAUCCACGCAGAUGGCAAAUAGAACAAUGUGGCAUCCAGAAAUGCAACAGUUCUUGCGGGAGCAUGGUGAGGGCUCCUUCGACCUGGUGCUGUUGGGUUAUUUUAUCAACGAUUUUCAUGUGGGGCUGGGCAGUCACUUUAAGUGUCCGGUUAUUAUUUCAUUCAUGGUACAAACAGUAUUUUCGCUUAACGAAAUGAUCGGAAAUCCUAGUGAACACGCCUACGUGCCGACUUUGUUUAGUGGCCUAAGUCAACCAAUGGACUUUCGGGCGCGUUUAAGGAAUUACCUCAUAUACCUAUUUGAAUACUACUACAUGGGACCAUUACUAGAGACAGAGGUGCAGAAGUACUACAGCUACAACUUUCCCUCUGCGCAUGGAUUUCCUAGUUUAGAUGAAGCGCGUCGCAAUGUCGGUUUGGUCUUCAUCAAUCACUGGUUUGCACAAGGGCCAAUACGGCCGCAAGUGCCCAACCUCAUAGAAAUCGGUGGCAUACAAAUCAAGGAACAGCCAGAUCCCUUGCCCCCAGACAUUGCGCGUCUACUUGACGAGUCACCCGAAGGUGUAAUCUAUUUUAGCUUGGGCAGCAACAUACGCAGUGCCCAUUUGCUUCCGGGCAAAGCACAAAUAAUGUUCAAUGUGAUGUCCAAGCUCCCUUAUAAAGUGCUUUGGAAUUGGGCUGACAACGAAUACCCGGGCAACGCUUCGAAUAUUGUGUACAAAAGCUGGCUACCGCAAGUCGACAUACUCGCACAUCCCAACAUCAAACUUUUCAUCACACAUGGCGGCAAAGGCAGUGUGGUAGAAGCGCAGCAUUUUGGUGUGCCCAUGGUGGGCAUACCGCUCUACGGCGAUCAGCCAAUGAAUAUGGAGGAUGUGCAACAACAGGGUUACGGGCUUUAUGUGGACUAUGCCAAUUUGAAGGAAGAAACUUUGCGACAAGCAAUUGAAGAAGUGCUGCACAAUCCCAAGUACACAAAAGCUGUGCGUGACUUCUCGAAACUGUACCGCGAUCGUCCUAUGACACCAAGACAGUCUGUUGUCUGGUGGGUUGAUUAUGUGCUGAGACACAAGGGGGCGAAGCACAUGCAGUCGCCUGCGGUGCAUUUAAAUCGUUGGCAGCUGAUGUCGUUGGAUGUGUUGGGCGUAUUGUUAACAUCCAUGGCGGUGAUCGUAGGUUUAUUGGUAGUGAUAGUAAGAUUUUUUGUUGAAAACGUAAUGAAGCGUGUGGGGGAGAAGAAGAGUAGCGCAAUGAAUGGAGUAGGUAAGGCGAAGAAGAACAAAUAG